AUGUUGGGUGUUGGGCUCAUCUUGAAUGUCUCAUCGCACCGCAGACGCGAUCCCGACUCCUACAAUAAUUACUACAGCGACGGCAUCUGCGGCGUCUCUUUCGGCAUCGCAGAGCCCGAGUUCGCCAACCCCCUAGCGACGUGUUGCGAGCAGCACUUUUUCACUGCCGAGGAAUUGGACCGCCACACCGCUGAACACGUCGUCUGCCCCGGCAUCCCCGGGAUGGAGGGGAGUAGCUGCGGUCACAGUAUUCAUCCCUCUGCCAUCGCUUUUCACCUGGAGACGGAGCAUGCCACCGCCAACUCGGCCGCAGACACCAAGGGUGAUGCUGAGCACAAUGGUCCCGCUCUUAAACGGUGGCGCGAGGCUAGACGCAGGAACUAUCCCACAUUUGAACGCGUCCAAGCAAAGAUUCGUGAGCCACAGAGGGCGAAUGCAAAAUCGCGUUUGAAUUAUCCACCUGCGUUGGAUAAUCUCGAGUUAGCGACUAACAGUGGCGAUGUUGGAAGGCCAACUCCGUUUGUGGAAGAUGUUGAGGGCACACCUGAAGUGGGGAUAGACUUGCCAACUGUACGCGGCAAUGAGGACGAGGAAUCUCCAUCCGUACCAACCCCAAUACCUCGACCCCUCGUCAGCUACGACAGUGAUGUUAGUUGGUCGGAGCAGCUAGAAGAGAUUGAAGAGAUUGAGCCCCCUGCGUCCUCGUCCGCAAAGAAGACUCUUCUUGAACAACUCGAAACUGUUCAACCGAAAAACGCGCAAGAGGAGGAUACCCAUGGAGACCCUCAGACUACACUUAGCUCCAAUACUUCUAAGGAGCGCCGAAUCGGCCGCCCAAAACGGGACAAACGAGGACGACGGCGGAGGGAACGACGGGAUCGAGCAAGGAGCGAUGCAGAAGAUGAGAAUGAACCGACAACAUCUACAGCAGCGGAUGAUGGGGAGGUGGAAAUCGACGAGGUAUCCGCCAAGGGUGGAGUUAAGGCAUUCGCUGCUCAUCCCCUCGUCCAGAUGUUCGCUAGACGUCGCGCCUGCAUGCGACACGCCUCGCUGAUCAGCAAGAGGCCCACUCUGUUGCAAAUGCUGCUCGCAGAGGAGAUGCGACACGAGAGGAAUCAGUUGAUGCAGUGUGUGCGUUUCGUUGUGAAGAACAAUUUCUUUCUUUCUGAAUGA